GAACUUAUUGGUACACUUAUCAACGCUGUCUCGGGGUUUUCUGCACUACUUAGCUGUGUUUAUGGUGUCCUACAGCCAAGUUAUGUUGGGUUGUGUCUCAGUUAUUCAAUCACAAUGUCUGCAAACCUAAAUAACAGCGUACGUCUAAUAGCAGACUGUGAAAUUCAGAUGAAUGCUGUAGAAAGAGUUGAGCAUUACACUCACAUAGCAACUGAAGAUUACGAUGGAGUGUACAUGCCGUCGGAUGAUUGGCCAACUAGAGGUGAAAUAAAAUUAGAUAAUUUGUCAGUCAAAUAUGCAGCUGAUUUAGAUCCCGUUCUAAAUGACGUCACGGUUCACAUAAAAGCUGGCGAGAAG